CUGAGCGGCUUGAACGUUUUUAUUAUUAGUAUAUAUUUAUAUUUCGUUUUAAUUUACAAGUUUUCAUGGUUCAUAAUUUUAAUAUUUUUAUACCGUUUUAUACAUUCAUAGUGUUUAUAGAUAAGAAUUACACCGAGUUUUGACAUCUAUAACCUACCGCGGUCUAAGUUUGUAGUCAAGUUUCGGAGCGAGUUUGACAGUUCGCGGGUUCGAAAUUUAAAACUGACGUUUGGAACAACAUGGCGGACUGUGUGUCUGUCUGUGCGAUCGCCGGUUGCACUGACCUUGCGGCUUAGGAUGCUCAACUAUCAGAAUAUUUGACGUCUGCUCUACCCAUGCGGCGGUGACGCCAUGUCGGUAGCGCCGGCAGUGAAGCGCGAGCGCGACUGUGGCGGUCCUGGGGUCAGCGGCGGCGAGGGCGAAGGCGGUGGCAGUCCAGGUCGCAAGCGGCGCAAGCAAGCAGCGCCGGCACGAGCCCAACCUCCGCCAAUCGAUCUUCACGCAAAAAUGGCCGACAUAUAUAAAAGCGCGCUGGCUUUUGGUGAACUCACCCUGCCCACGUUUGAUCCCCUUGCUGCCUUUCGUCUGCUACCUCGACACGACCCCCCCAGGAUCUUCAACCCUGAAGCAUACUGCGAUCUGUGUUGUAAAGAAUUCUGCAAUAAGUACUUCUUAAAAACGCAUCGAGCCAAUAAACACGGUAUUUACGAUGGCGAGCCCCAAAAUCAUCCUGGAUUUCAACCACAAAUGCAGCAAACUUCACCUCCUCGACGUGCUUCAGAUGAAGAAUCUGGUGGAACACCACGCCGUCUAACACCUGACUCGGCGAGACGAGCCCGCGAAUCUGCUUUCCAACCCGAUGUACUUCGACGACUUGGCGUAACAAAUCCAGAGGCAUUUUGUGAAAUUUGUUGCAAGGAGUAUUGUAAUAAAUAUUUUUUGCGUACUCAUCGAGAGAGAAGACACGGAGUUCCUCCACUACGUUCACCUGCAAUGGAUACUUCACCCUUAGCAGGUACAUCACCAUCUAUACCUAUUUUACAGACAUCGCCUCACAUCGAAACUCCCCCGAGAGCGCUAUCUCUACCGCCGCCGUUUGAUAACGAAGAUCCUCCUGAAGUAAAACAGGAGCGCGAGGAUCGCGAAGAACUAGAAACUGUGUUACGAGAAAGUCAAACAAGCCCUCUAAAUUUGAUAGUCGAAGAGAGGGGAGCGGCGUCACCUGGGUCUGCAAGUGAAGAAUUACGCAAGCUUCAAACUAUGAUAUCACAACUAAAUGAACUUGCAGCAGAGCGACUGGUAGAUGAGCCUAACGAGGUACCUCGACCGCCUUCAUCUUCUCCCCCGCCCCAGGAUGAAAGGCGUGGCGGAGCAGGCUCGAGUUUUUGUGAGAUAUGCAACAAAGAGUUAUGCAAUAAGUAUUUUAUGCGAACACAUAUGCAACGUAUGCAUGGUAUCUCGUUGGAAAGUGGGACGCAGUUAGGAGGUGUCACGUGUGAUAUUUGCCAUAAGGAGUUGUGCAGUAAAUAUUUUUUGCGCGUACAUAAACAUAAUACGCAUGGCAUUCCCGCUCCUCCCGCUCCCGCAAACGCCGCUCCCUCGGAGCCCUGUCCGCUAUGUGCCCGGCGCUUCCGUGGACCACGUGCGCUCAGAGCUCAUUUGCUAGCUGAACAUGCUCCACCUGCUCGACCACCUCCACCGCCGCCCUUACCUCCGCGGCCGUUAGACCUCCUCGCACGCGACAAACCAUACGCGUGCGCCUACUGCCCGUUCACUACCGACGUUCUCGCUUUUUUGUUUGCUCACGAGCGAGCACACAUUCAACGCGCUAAUGAACAACAAGAGAGUGGAGAAAUGGAGCAGGAGGGUAGUGCUGAGCCGAGUGAAACUGGUGAAGUUGAGGCGGAAAAUGACGGUGAUGCAUACUCUUGCUCAAGAUGUGAGUUUCGUGCGGAGGGGUUUGCAGCACUCGAAGCCCAUGUAAGGUCGACGCACGGCGGCGCAGGUGCGCUACUGGCGGUGCCACGAGCGCCACGUGCGCCCCUUACAAUGCAACCCUUUGUGCUAGAGGAGGCGGGCGGCGCGCUGAGUCUCCUGCCGGCACUCGUGUUCUUGCCGGUGCGCCGCCGUGCUACUCGCCGUGCCACCGUCACGCUCACGCUAACGCCUGCCUAGUUCGUCGCGAGUAGACGGACGCAGUCCGUUAUCAAGGUGCUGUCUGGGACGAUAGUGCCUUGACGACGGAUUGCAGUUUAGAUGCGACGGUCCGACCCGCGCGCGUCCGCGUUCGUCGACUACAUCGCUCGCGGACGCGCGCUCGAUCGCCGAACUGUUGAACUACAUUUAACGCUGUGUGCCUUCGAGCGAUUGCCGAGAGAUAGACGAUCGUUCUUGAGGAGCUGUCCGCGGCCGCCGCCUGAGCGCCACAACGCGCGGCGGCCCCUGCUCUUUUUUGAUUUAAAUUCGUAUAUUGAGAAUUAUAUUCACGGGUGAUAUAUGAAACGUUGCCGCUUAUGAAUCGGUUUUAUUAUCUCCUCGACGUUGGGUCGGUCCGAGACGAGUUUAUGAAACGUCGAUUUCGAUCAGGAGAAGAAAUACACCCUAGGAUAAGUUUAUUUAAAGUUUAAACGAUACGUAUUCCGGUGAGUGCGUAAUUACGAUAGCGUCGUAGUACCGGUGCGAUGUUGAUCACUGAUCGAGCUCCUCGCGGGCACAGGAACACCCGGGCGAGCCCCGACAGCCACCGGCCGCCGAGCGCGCCUUCAUGUUGUACGCUACAUCACGUUGGAUUUCGAUUUGCGACACGACAGCGCGCCGCGGUCAGAUCUCACCCACAGUACAAACCAGGUGCCACACACACGUACUGCGACAACCGUUCUACCUCACGUUAGUUUCUAAGCUGUUAUUGUAUAAAUAUAUUUUGGAGUUAAAGUACAAAGUAAACUUAUCGCCGCGGACGGAGGCCGCUCAUGUUAGCUAUAUAUUGUUGUCUAGAAGUGAGUAAUGCACAAAGAUACGUACUAUUGGGCAGUGAUCAACAUUAAACGUAAUUUAGUAUAAACUCUGUUUAGAUGUGGUGUGGCUCGGCCAAGCGGUUUUGUUGUGUAACACAUCAGUAAUACGGGUCAUUGUUUUGGGGAGGCGAGCUCAGCUCUGCCUACCUCGUAGUCGUCGGUCGAGCCUUAUUUUAAAUUUAUUUCUAUUGUAAUUUAUUACUUACUCUGUUAUUGCAGCGUUUGGAUAUCUCUCUUAUGGUAGAUAAACGUCAUAAUUCAAAUAAAGGAAAAAAAAAACGGUUAAAACAAGUUAUCGCUAAACCAAUAGGUUUCCAAAAUAACGAUAAAGACACGAAUACUGAAUCUUUUCUAAUUUCAUAAUUUAUCGUAAAAGAGAUAUCCAAACAGUUACUUGUUCAGAAAUAUAUUCAAAAACCAAUUUUGAAAACAGGUUUAUUUAUAUUAUUUAGUAGAUCAUUGUGAAGGAUAGCUUGUACAAACCAUGCAGCUUCUAAAAAAAGUUCCUAUGUAUGUACGUAAGAUGUAAUUUAAUUAAAUAGAGAGGUCGACUGCGGAACGGCUGCGAAGAGAAGGCUUCCUGACGAUUUACAUGACGGUCAGGUUGUCCCACAGUUUAUUGUACUCGUCAUUUAGUAUGAAUUUUGUGUCAUUCAAGAAAACAUCUUUUAUAUUCAACACCAGAUACGGUAGCAACGGUAAGGAUUGUUCGCGUUGCUACAAUCAACUAAGUUUUCUAGUAAGAAUGACGCAAACAAAUACAAUUAAAUGUUCCUAAACAAGUUCCUUUGCCAACACUAAACGUUCUUCGGUAUUUUGAACCUUCCUAACAGUCUUCCUAUAGACAAAACUCGCUUCGGAGCCGGAACGCAGUCGCGCAAUACAACAAAUUAUAUUAAUAAUGUUUUAAAUAAUAACAAAUUAAAAAGUACGCGUGGUUACGAUCUCUAUAGGUGUCCGAACUUUUGUUGGGGUGCGUAGAACCAUAUUUGGAGACGCGAUUUUUACUGUUAAAAAGUUCGUAUGGCCACAGAGAUCGCUAUAUGUAGUGAAAAUGAUGUUGUGUUCAAUCGCUUGCGUUGUACCUCGAGUGGAUGACCAAUAUAGUUUAAUUAAAAGUACAAAUUGAUUAAGAAUUACAGCGGCGUCUGGUGAUAGACAAUUACAGUACAAAUUAAUGUUAAGCGUAGAUACAGGAAUACAACAGUUGUUUAGAUGUAAUUAUUUCACUCGGGUACAGCGCUUUCACAUACAGUCGCACUUUUUAGAUCUUAUAAUUAAUAUAUUCCAUUCAAAUACAAAAAAAAUAUAGUUUUCUAAUAAUGGAAAAUCA